AACUGUUAAACAUUCUAUUUCAGAAAAAAAUAUGAAAUAGCAGAAGUGAUUUCCUUAUUAAUACUAAAACAUUGAGUGAUUUUUACAUUACAAAUUGAUGAAAUGUUCCACAGGUCCAUCAACUUUUUAUGAUCCAGCUGAAUUGAGUAAAAAUGAACGCUAGAUCUCAUAUUUUUGAGUUGGCAGUUGAGUCCUGUCAAGUGGAAGAUGCAGUUUUAGCGCUUUUCCAUCCAAUUCUUUUCCAUAGAGCCCUAGGAAAGUUUAGCUAUCAAGUUGAGAGUUCUUACAGUAUAGGAACUGUUGGCUAUCAGGACGUCGACUGUCAUGCCAUAGAUCACACAUAUGUCAGGACCUCAUCUCCAGGACUAGACUCAUUGAUCAGACGUGAAGUUUUAUCCUUUGCUGAAGAUUUAAAGAACACACAUGGACUCAGGUCUGGUCAGAUAUCCCUCGAGUUCUAUCAAAGAAAGAGAACAAGGUGGCCCUUUCCUCCAGAGAAUAUUCCUUGGGAGGUUUGGACUAUAAGAGUGGAGUUGGUCACCCUACAAAAUGAAUAUGAAAGAAUCAGAUGGCGGGAAAAACUGGGCGAAGUUCUCUCGGAAAAGACGUUGUACAUUACAGAGGUUAUGAAUAAGCAUGAGUUUCUUCCAAAGAUGCCAAAUCAGUCCGACCUAGAACUCGUGUUUGAUACAAGUUUUCAUGACGUACAGCCAUAUCUUUUUAAGGCCUGCCACUCAACAUCCAGUCCUUCGACUCCCAGUGUAGGAAUAAAUACUGUUAGAAGACUACUCAAGGACACCUUGGCAAUAUGAAGAUUUUAAGAGUUGUACAAAUGACACAUGUACAAACUGUAAUGUACAAAUGUGCAAAUUGUUAUGUACACUGAACAUGAUAAUCUGUUCGUAUAAGAUAUAAUUUUUUGUGUAAAUACUUAUAUUUUUUUAAAAAUUGAAAUCAAAAUAAUUACACACUGAAUUUUUUAUCUACA